AUGGGUAUGGUAAUUAGCUGUAUUCUAGUCCUCAAGUGGUUCUAUCAUGUCCUCCGAGGGCACCUGCGGCAUGUUCCCGGCCCUCUGCUGUCAAAAAUCACGAGUAUGCACUUGGCUAUAUACGACUUCUCUUACAGCCGGAACGACCAAAUUCUGAAAUGGCAUCACCAAUAUGGGCCGAUAAUCUGUAUAGCGCCCAAUGAAGUUUCGGUAGCGACUUUGGAAGCCACAAAGGAAAUAUACAGUGCCACUCAGCGAUGGCCAAAAAGUAAUUACUUUGAUAACUUCAAAGGGUACAAUAGGCGGGCCAUUUUUGCGACGAAGUCACACGAAGAGCAUCGCGCGAAGCGAAAAUUAACCUCCAAAUUUUACCAGGCUUCAAACAUGUAUACCGUGCCAGCUAUUGAGCAGCAUAUCCAAGAACGUUCCCAGACUGUCCUGAGGCAGAUCAGCCCUGAUACGCCAGUAGACAUUUAUAGUCUCGCCGACUGUUACGCUCUUGAUAUUAUCACAUUCUUGGUGUUAGGUCCUCACCAUAGCACCCAGUCUGUGGAGAACGUUUGUCUAGAGCGUCAGAUAGUUAUGGAUCUAAAACACUUACAAUUUGUUGGGCCACUUCGCCUUCAUUGCCCGAUUUUUUUUGAUUACGUCUCAAAACUAUUGGAUACGCUGAGCCCAGGGCUGGCAUACCUUCGGGCGGAGGAUAGGCUUGCAUCAUGGUGUCAACAACGCAUUUCCGAAACAAUGAAAGACCCCGAUUUUGAUAAUUCGCGUUCGCUCCUCCAGCACAUCCUCGCAAACCUCCAAAAUGUCAGGCCAAAGCAGUCGACUGACCACUUAUACGUUGCGGCAGAGAUUCUCGACAAUAUCAAUGCUGCUGAGGCUACUGUUGCGGUAACUGCCACGUAUCUUGUCUGGAGAUUGACUGAGCAUCCAGAAUGGCAACAGAAAAUACGUAAAGAAUUGAACGAAUUGGCAGUACAAGAGAAUGGCCUUGUAUCAUUUGCCGACGUCAAUAGUCAAGUUCCAUCUCUGGAAGCAUGCUUGCGAGAAGUAUAUCGCCUCCAUCCGGCAUCGAGCGGACGUUCUGAGCGCCUUGUUCCAGAAGGCGGGCGUACUUUGUUAAACAACUAUCUUCCAGAAGGGACCAUAGUCACAAGUUCAGUCGCAGCACUUCAUAGAGAUGAGAAUAUAUUCCCAAACCCAGAUCAUUUCUUGCCAGAAAGAUGGCUCGAUGGAGACGAGGAGAUGCUCAACAAGAGAUUGAAUCAACUUAUCCCUUUUGGAUACGGUGGAAGAGUCUGUUUAGGAAAGGCACUUGCUACUAUGGAGAUCAAAUUGCUAAUUGCAGGGCUCUAUCGAAAGUAUAAAACAGUCAUGACAGAGUCAUCCACACACGCCUCAAUGAGGCAAUGUAGCACACAUGAUGCUGUACCAUGGGGGUUGAAAUGCGUGAUUGAAUGUCAGUUGGUUGACGACGACCAGUAA